GCUUGAUGCCAGAGCGCUGGUGAUCACAUCUCCAGUCUCUUAAUCAUAAAUCAGUUAGUCAAUAAAAUAAAAACUAACAGUUAGUCUACAAAAAUGCCUGCUGAGUUUGAACUUUGUCCUGGAAGAAAAAUCGGGGGCUCCAACCCCUGUUUUAUCAUCGCUGAGAUUGGACAGAACCAUCAAGGAGACAUAGAAAUCGCCAAAAAAAUGAUCCGAAUGGCCAAGGACUGUGGAGCUGAUUGUGCCAAGUUUCAAAAGAGCGAGAUUGAACACAGAUUCACCAAACAAGCUUUAGAGCGUCCCUACACGUCCCCUCACGCCUGGGGACCGACCUACGGGGCUCAUAAGCACCAUCUGGAGUUCAGUCACCAGCAAUACAAAGAACUGCAGCAGUUUGCCAAUGACAUUGGCAUCUUCUUUACAGCAUCAGGGAUGGAUGAGAUGGCUGUAGAAUUUCUUCAUGAAAUCAGUGUGCUGUUUUUCAAAGUUGCCUCAGCGGACACAAACAACAUUCCCUACCUGGAGAAAACUGCCAAAAAGGGUCAUCCCAUGGAUGGAAUGCAGACGAUGGAGACCAUGCGCUGCGUGUACCAAACUGUCAAGAAACACAAUCCCAGUUUCACUUUCCUGCAGUGCACCAGUGCUUAUCCACUGCCACUAGAGCAUGUCAACCUCAGCCUGAUCCCUGAGUUCCAGAAGGAGUUUCCAGACAUUCCCAUCAGAUAUUCUGGACAUGAGACGGGCAUCCGUGUGUCUGUGGCUGCUGUGGCACUCGGGGCGAAGGUCCUGGAGCGUCACGUGACCCUGGAUAAGAGCUGGAAAGGCAGCGACCACUCAGCCUCACUGGAGCCGGCCGAGCUGGCGGAGCUGGUGAGAGCCAUCAGGACGGUUGAGAUGGCAAUGGGCUCACCAAUCAAACAGAUGCUGCCCUGUGAGGCUUCCUGUCACAGCAAGUUGGGUAAGUCGGUAGUGGCCCGGAAACCAUUGAAGAAGGGCGAGAUAUUAGCUCUCGACAUGCUGACAGUAAAAGUGGCUGAACCACAUGGUGUGAGUCCAGAGAACAUCUUCAAACUGGUUGGCAAGAAAAUCACGGUGGACCUGGAAAAAGAUGCCACCAUCACUGAUGCCAUGAUAAAAGGUUAAUGAUUAUACACUCCAUAACUAUUCUCCAUAACUAAAGUGACAAUGAAAGGGUCUUUAUCAUGCUAUUAAUAAUUAUCAGUAACAGUAUAUAAAAAUAUAUUUACAUUUAGAGGCUUAUUCACAUAUAUUGUUGAUUCCACUUCCACUUCUGAUGUUUUCGAUGUUUCUUUGAGUGCCAAACUAAAAGGCCUGACAUGAUAAAAUGUCAAAAUGACCUGCAUGUUCUUGCUUGCUGAUGAAAACAAGGUAUCACAGGGAAAAUGCUACGUGGCAAAUCAAACAUAUCAUGCAUUAGUGUUUAUCCCGCUUUAACCGUAUGUAGCAAUAUUAGGGAGAUUGUUUGUGAAAACAUGAGGCCAAAAGGGUAUGUGUUUAGUUUAGAUAGUUUAGUGUAGUUUAGUUAAGGGUAUGUAAGCAGAGAAGCAUGCUCAUUUCUUUUAGUUCUUUUUGUUUCUUUUUCUGCAGAACUCAAUGCUGAAG